AUGGCGAGGCCUCGUGCCAUUCAUGUGACUUGGCUUGCUUGUCAUGGGAAGCUGGCCACGAAAGAUAGGCUCUGCCGGUUUAAUAUAAUACAUGACAGCAAAUGCAGUCUGUGUAAGGAAGUGGAUGAGUCCCUUGGGCAUCUCUUCUUUCAAUGCCCUCAUACCCUGAGCAUUUGGAAGAAGAUUUUAGCUUGGCUUGAGAUUGUGCACACACCUAGCAAUUGGUAUGAUGAGCUACACUGGGUUACCAACUUCAAUUCUAGGAAAGGCUGGAAGGCAAUUAUCCUUAAAUUGGCGUCUAAUGAAGCUAUAUACGGUAUAUGGGCUUAUAGAAAUGAUGUGGUUUUUCAACACAAUACUAAUAGAAACACUUAUGAUAGUAUUCUUGAUUGUAUAGUGUAUAGGGGUUGGAGAUCAAAGAAAAUUAGGAAUCACAUAGCAAGCCUUAUGGUUUAG